GUCACAUUGAGGCCGGGGUAGCUCGGCCGAGGUCGGGGGUGGACGGAAUCCAGCUCCGUGGCGGCACCGUUCGUGGGAUGCUGCUCGGGUUUCCAGCACAACAAUUGGUCAAAAACUUUUCUGCUCCACCUCCAACAGGUGAUGUGACGGGGAACCACCCACCCACAAGCCACUUGAACCCCCCCCAUUUCGAAGGCGCAUCGAACCACAGCUCACUACCCAAGAAACUCGGUAGACUCUAGAACUGCCAGACCGGCGAGACAGACAGACGAGACGCAAGAUGCUUUCCUCCCUCAGAGUGGUUUCGCGCCGGGCCGCCCUUGCUGGCCGCGCCCAGUUCACCCUCCGCGCUGCUUCUACGUGGGCCAAUGUCCCUCAAGGUCCCCCAGAUGUAUGUUUCCUGUCACCCUACCACCAGUCUUCCCGACGGUUCCUCGCGCGCGCAUGAGGUAGUGUCCAGUGCCGUAUGACGUUUUGCUAACCACCGGGACCCGUCGAUGACUUUUCACAGGCCAUUCUUGGUAUCACGGAAGCUUUCAAGGCCGACACUUUCGACAAGAAGAUCAACCUCGGGUGUCGGCGCUUACCGCGAUGACGCUGGAAAGCCCUAUGUCCUGCCCUCUGUCCGUCAGGCUGAGGAGAAGGUGAUUGCCUCGCGCCUCAACAAGGAGUACGCUGGCAUCACCGGUGUCCCCGAGUUCACCAAGGCCGCUGCCGUUCUCGCCUAUGGCAAGGACUCCCCGGCCCUCGACCGUGUCGCCAUCACCCAGUCCAUCUCUGGUACUGGCGCCCUCCGCAUUGGCGGCGCUUUCCUCGCCAGGUUCUUCCCCGGCGCAAAGACCAUCUACAUUCCCCAGCCCUCGUGGGCCAACCACGCCGCCGUCUUCAAGGAUUCCGGCCUCGCCGUGGAGAAGUACGCCUACUACAACAAGGAGACCAUCGGCCUCGACUUCGAGGGCAUGAUCGCCGACAUCAACAAGGCCCCCAACGGCUCCAUCUUCCUCUUCCACGCCUGCGCCCACAACCCCACCGGUGUCGACCCUACCCCCGAGCAGUGGAAGGAGAUCGAGGCGGCCGUCAAGGCCAAGGGUCACUACUCCUUCUUCGACAUGGCCUACCAGGGCUUUGCCUCGGGUGACAUCCACAAGGAUGCCUUUGCCGUCCGCCACUUUGUCGCCCAGGGUCACAACGUUGCUCUCUCCCAGUCGUUCGCCAAGAACAUGGGUCUCUACGGCGAGCGCAUCGGUGCCUUCUCCAUCGUCUGCGAGAGCGCCGAGGAGAAGAAGCGCGUCGACUCCCAGAUCAAGAUCCUUGUCCGCCCCAUGUACUCCAACCCCCCCAUCCACGGUGCCCGCAUCGCCGCCGAGAUCCUCAACACCCCCGCCCUCUACGACCAGUGGCUCGUCGAGGUCAAGGAGAUGGCCGAUCGCAUCAUCACCAUGCGUGCCCUCCUCAAGGAGAACCUCGAGAAGCUCGGCAGCAAGCACGACUGGAGCCACAUCACCAGCCAGAUUGGCAUGUUUGCCUACACUGGCCUGUCGCCCGAGCAGAUGGAUGCGCUGGCCAAGGAGCACAGCGUCUACGCCACCCGCGACGGCAGAAUCUCGGUUGCUGGCAUCACCACCGGCAACGUCGGGAGACUGGCCGAGGCCAUCUUCAAGGUUACCGGUUGAACACCUGUAAAAAUAAUGUAAUGAAGUAAAACAUGAAAAAAUUUCCGGAGUACAUUUUGGGUGAUUGGGGGUUUGUUUUUUUGCGCGCGCGUGUGUGUGAAGGGAAGAAAAAAGAUGCCUUGUCGUAUAGACAAAGAUUUAUCGUAUCUAUAGACGAUGGAUGGGAUUGGGCUUGUACACAAAAAGAAGCAUGGUUUGAUUUGAUUUGAUUUUUUCCUCUCA